AGUAAAAUAGUAUCUUUUUUGUUUUAUGUUCUUACAGGUUUCUCGGUUGCUAGGUGCUUUCAAAAACCAAAAACAGGUGACCAGAAGUUUUGGUAGUGCUGUGCAAACAGUAACUUUAAUCCCAGGAGAUGGCAUAGGACCUGAGAUUUCUGCUGCUGUCAUGAAGAUCUUUGAUGCCGCCAAAGCACCUAUUCAGUGGGAAGAGAGGAACGUUACAGCUAUCCAAGGACCAGGAGGAAAGUGGAUGAUACCUCCAGAUGCCAAAGAAUCCAUGGAUAAAAACAAAAUGGGACUGAAAGGGCCUUUAAAAACCCCAAUUGCUGCAGGGCACCCAUCAAUGAAUCUACUUCUGCGUAAAACCUUUGACCUUUAUGCGAAUGUCCGCCCCUGUGUCUCAAUUGAAGGAUACAAAACCCCAUACACAGAUGUAAACAUUGUCACAAUUCGAGAGAACACAGAAGGCGAAUACAGUGGAAUUGAGCAUGUGAUUGUUGAUGGUGUUGUGCAAAGUAUCAAGCUAAUCACAGAAGAAGCAAGCAAGCGUAUUGCAGAAUUUGCUUUUGAGUACGCCAGAAAUAAUCAGAGAAGUCACGUUACUGCUGUGCACAAGGCAAAUAUUAUGAGAAUGUCUGAUGGGCUUUUUUUGAGAAAAUGCCGGGAGGCAGCAGAAAACUGUAAAGAUAUUAAAUUUAAUGAAAUGUAUCUGGAUACUGUGUGUCUGAAUAUGGUUCAGGAUCCAUCACAAUUUGAUGUGCUUGUUAUGCCAAAUUUGUAUGGUGACAUCCUCAGUGACUUAUGUGCUGGAUUGAUUGGGGGUCUUGGAGUAACACCAAGUGGAAACAUUGGUGCUAAUGGAGUUGCAAUUUUUGAAUCGGUUCAUGGAACUGCUCCAGACAUUGCUGGAAAAGACUUGGCAAAUCCAACUGCCCUUCUUCUGAGUGCUGUAAUGAUGUUGCGUCAUAUGGGACUGCACAAACAUGCCACAAAAAUUGAGACAGCUUGCUUUGAUACAAUUAAAGAUGGAAAGGUCUUGACAAAAGACUUGGGAGGUAACGCGAAGUGUUCAGAAUUCACAGAGGAGAUCUGCCGCAGAGUACAGGACACAGACUAAACUUUGCUCGUACUGCUUGUAUUAACUCCUAAAGGACACAUCAUACAAAGUACACUAUAUGUAACCUGAUAUCUAUAUGCAUAUAGUUUGCCUGUCUCUUCAGAGAGCAAACUUUUUAGUUAGGGCCUCUCCACUAAUAAAUACGGCCCAAAAGGCUACAAAUGAUGCUUGUGCCUGCUUUCAGUGGACUUUUCCAAAAGUGCUUUGUCUUAUUUAUUUGUUUCUAUCUGGUGAACUUUUUUACGUCCAGGUGAAUUAUUUUAUUGUCAUUGUAACUGUCUACCAUUUUCCAUUUCAAUUAAAUGGUUUUUACUUUCCAGGAAGAAACUUUGUGUAAAUAUAACAAUAACAGAAUUAGUGAAUUGUAAAGGCACCUUAAUGCUUAAAACCUACUUUAUUGGUCUCAGAUAGGUUUUCAGCCUAACAAUAGCACAAAAUGAUCUUUAUAAAAAGAAACGGGUAUAAAUAACUUACUUACUUAAAUAACAAUUUUGUGUUAAAAGCAAUGAGGAAACACUUUUAGGUGCUCUGGUGAUCCAUGAAAUACAACUUCAUCCUUCAAGGACAUGAAUAAAGAAAUGCAAAAUUCUAGAGACUUAAUCUAUUUGUUUAAAAAAAAAAAACAAAAACAUAAACCAGCUAGAGAUGAGAAAUAAUGUUAAAGUAAAAUUAUUUUUCAAAGCUAACUAUCCAAAUAAUUCUUUUCAGUUUUCCUCACUGAAACACACUUUAAUUUACAACCGCGGUCUCCUCGGGAAGAGCAAAUUAUACACAUUUAUUUCUGCUAUAUACUGUGAAGGGGGAAGUAUGAACUUUGCAAAUUUAUACUAAAUAUUCCAUUCAGCAUCCAGACUUCAGCUAAAAUGCUUUUUGUAGUGUGCUUUCCUUUAAUGCCUAGUCUGUUCAAUGUGUCUUACUGUAUUGGCUA